AUGGCGGAGAAUACACCACUCUGCUGGGAAUAUGAUAUUCCUUUGGAUAUCAUCUCAAAAGUAAGGGGACAUAACGAGCUUAUAGAUGAAAUUUCGAUGUUUAGACACAAACUAAAAGAAAAUAAUUCUCCCGGGAAAAUACCAGUUGAGGAGGAAUGUUUAAAGAUACAGUCAAAAUUGAAACUGUUCGUAUUUUCAAAGGAUGCAGAGGAUGUGUCUAAAUUUCUUGUUUGGAAUAAGUUUACUUCAGAAGAAUGCGCUUUACACUUUAAUCAAGAAAGUGUGAUGGAAGCUGGGAUUCGUGCAAAAGAUGAUAAUUUUCUCGUCAUUCCAGUCCAUUUGAUUUCACACAUGGACUUGGACAACAACGUCUACAUAGAAAACGUGGGCCAUGGAACAAGUAUUUUAUUCAAACCCAUUACUGUGUUGACUUUUCGACCGAGAUCAAAGAAAGAAAUGCAGUCCAUUGUGGACAGGCUGGAAAGAACUGGUCUAGUAAGCGAAGAUGUUUUUUCAGAAAAAGAUUGUAUGCUCAGGGGUUUUCUAUCAAGAAAAGUUCAAGACUGGGUGGUCAAACAAUGUGAUACAUUACUCUCGGUCUUCGAAAAAUCGUCACAAGAUCUCGAGAAGGUUCCUUCUUGCGCAGAAUUUGAAAACAGGUUAAGCAGCAGUUUGCAGCACACACGCUGGUUUGACGCAUAUCGGAAAGAUUUUCCCAUAAUUAUAAUGGACAGAGAUAAAAAACGACAAUUUAGAGAUCGUGCUGUUGGAGAAUUGUGCAAAGAGACUUUUAGUGAGAGUUUUAAAGGUGCAUCAGAUUUCUUGCUGGUAUACUACCAAAGUUAUAUGAAUGGAAUGGUAGCAUGCAUCGUUAAAACUCCAUGUACAAGUAAGGAGUUGAGACCAAAAAGAAAUUCUGCUACAUGGGUCGAUGAUUUUAUGUCUUGUAUUUUAGAACAAAUCAAGGAGCGACAAGAGUGCAUCAAACAGUGUUUUUAUGACGAAAUUCAGAAUGCGAGCAAUAUUCGAAACUUUCUACAAGAACAUCUAAUUCCAAGGCUGCAACAAAUACGUAAAAACUCCAAAGUUCAUGAUGAAGUUCAUUACGAUGUUCAAAUUCGGCUAUCCAGGAUCAUUGGAGUAAGGUCGUUUGGAAUAGAGGACAAACAGUUUACUGUCUAUGUUGAUCCUGAAUGGAUGGGUGAUGAAAGUCUGCUUUCUCGUAUCAAGAGAGCUGUUCAUUUUCACUACGAAGUCGAUAGAUCUUGUCUUUUGGAAUGGAAAGAGCCCAUAUUUCACUACCGGACUGGUGAUAUGAUAAAGGGCGAGGGGUCCCGAAGUGGCAUUAUUACAGUUUUUGCAGAGAGAGUAGAUUCAGAUAGCGAAACACCACGCCGAGUUAAUACUCUUUAUUUCAUAACUUGUGAACACGUGGCGCCUGAGAAAGAAAUGCGCGUGUUUUUCUCAAAAUGUAGCAAAUGUAGAAAUUCAUUUACGUGUUCUUGUGAAAGAGAGGAGUUAGGGAUUAAUAUGUACCCCUUUGGCAGGCAAAAGGAAAAUCCAUUCGAUGCAAUCGUGGAUAUUACUUGUGGAAUUGUCCACAACAGAACAUCGAUCUAUUGUGAUAAGAAUGUGCGCGGUCGUCAUGACAAACUUAUUGAAAUAGUUGCCUUUAGCAACACAAUAGAUGACCACACCGGAAGAACAGUAAUAAAAUGGGACAGCGAAGAAAAUGAGCAGAAAGGACAAUAUUGCGGAGUCCAAUAUAUGACACCUCCAGAUGACGAGAGUCUUGCUGACGAUAACUCCGUUUCAGUUGGAACGAGACGCGUUGAUUUGAUCAAAUCUUGGGAGGGAACAAUUUUUGGGAAAAAUGGCGAGAGUGGGGCUUUGAUAUUCCUGGUGCAACAAGAAGAAAAUAAUGUGGAUGUCAUUUCUCCAGCUUUUGUGUAUUUAGGACAGUGGGCACAAACACAGAAUAAAUCCAUGUGCUUUAGACUCCAAGAAGGAAUAGAGUGCUUGGAAAUGGAACAUAAACUGAAAUUAAGACUUUGUUUUGAAAACGCCGAAAAUGCUCAUGGUGCAACGUCAAUCAGCUGAUACAGAGCUAUAAUUCGGCCAACAGGCAACUAAAUUUAACUUUUAUCACCUGUUUCAACAAUUUGUAGUGUAUUUGUGCGCACUGAACAAAUCAAAGAAUCUGUGAAAACUGAACUGGAUCAUGUGUACUCUUGUAUUCGCAGUAUAUAUCAUGAAAACUUCUCUGAUCAUGAUAGUACAUAAAACACAA